AUGGUAGUAGUGUGUUGGUAGAGUACUUGUAUGUAUGUAUGUAUUGUGCUACGCACGUAUUACCAUACAUACGGCUCUCCGCUUUGAAGCCGCCUUGCUCAGAGUCUCGCCGUUCCUUUUGGCAUCAUCUCUCAUUCUCUCAUUCUCGUCUUUCUCUCUUUUCUUUUUUCUUUCUUUUCUCCUCUUCCCCUCAUUCUCUUUCCCAUCUUCUCUCUCCUCUUUCUCUUUCGUCUUUCUUAUUCUCUUUGUUCUCUCUUUCUUCCAUUGUUCUGCAUGUCUCCCUCCCUGCUACUUUCUCUGCUCUCAUCCACCACUUGUUGACCUGUUCUGCAAUGGGCUUUGGUGGUUCUCGAAAUCCGUCUGCUUGCCAUUCUGCAUGCAAUUCUCAUAACUUCAUUGUCAUUGCUUGAUCGCCGAUUUUAUAUGGCAGACGGUCCUCGCUCCUUCCGUGCAUUCACUCGGUGAACCUGCAGCGGUCACGCUGCCAUCCGUUCCUACGCCCGGUUCUCGAACCCUUCCUCUUCUACCUCGAUUUUUCA